AUGAGUGUAGCGGAUAUCAUAUCGUAUAUCCUGCACAAAGCGGAUUAUGUAAUUGAAACACUACAGAGUGUCUUUAAUUAUCUUUUAUCGGCUAAGAAUAUUGGAAUUGGGCCAUUAACUCUACCCCCAGAUCUUCUAGGAACUAUUCAAUUUACGCAAAAUAAUAUCAAUGCUGUUGCAGACAACUUACACAAAGUUACCGGGGCGAGUUCAGAAGACAUCUCCAAUUUGCUUACUCCGUUGAGGAUUCCUCUCAUACAUGUCACAGCCUUCAUGCUUGCUUUGGUGAUUUUUGGAUUUUUUCUAUCACUUGGUGGGAUGCAAUGCUUGGUAUACUUCUUACUGGUGGUUGGGUGGAUUGCUGUGACAUUUGUGUUUGUAGCGAGCGGUUUGUUCCUCCUCGUUCAUAAUGCAGUUGAGGACACUUGUGUGGCAAUGGACGAUUGGCUUCUGAAUCCGAAUGCACAUUCGGCUCUAGAAAGCAUUAUUCCAAAAGCAGAUAAUCAAACAGCCAGAACAAUACUAAUGGAUACUAAACAAAUCACUUUUGCACUUGUCAAUGAAACAAAUACAGUCACCAAUGUCUUUAACGCAGACAUGCAGCCGUCUGCCGGACCGUUGUUCUUCAACCAAACAGGCCCUCAUGUGCCUGUGCUUUGCAUGCCACUCAAUGCCAACCUCACCGAAGUCCCAUGCUUAACCGGUGAAGUUAAUUUCACUAAUGCCUCCGAGGUGUGGAAGGGUUAUGUUUGCGAGGUUUCUACUACGGGGAUUUGUAUAACUCCUGGGCGGAUUACUCCUGAAGCGUACACAGAGCUAAUUUCGUCGCUAAACGUGAGCUACGCACUUUACGAGUAUGGAUCAUUCCUUGUGGAUCUUGUGGACUCCACAUAUGUGAAGGAAACAUUUAUGGACAUAUCAAACAACUUUUGUCCUAGUCUAAGGCAUUCAACAAAAAUGAUGUGUGUCGGGUUUAUAAUGGUGGCUGCAGCCUCAAUGCUUUCUUUAAUAUCGUGGAUGUCUUAUGGUCGAGAAAGAAGGUGUCGAAAAUAUGCGAUGAAACGAAUGAAUCAAUUUCCUCCGCCUCCUCCUCUUCCUCCCCAAUGAUACUACAUUGGUGGUUGCGGAAAAUAUUGAUAUUUAUUAUAUAUAUAUAGAGUUGGGUAUUUAGUUGUUAUAUAAUGUUUAUUGCAUCUCAUCUAAUGCAUAACAACAAAAUCUUACCCGUGAAAUGAAAUUAAAUUGAAUCAAUACUAUGCUUUUAUUUUCUA